GCCGCCCUCGGCCGCAGCAGACAGCGGACAGAAAAAUGAAAACCUACCCAGCCAUUGGUUUCUUCCUCCUCUUGGUGAUCAGCUAUGGCUCUUCAGAGAACUCCAGCACCCCUCGAGGGUGCGGGCUGGACCUGCUCCCGCAGUACGUGUACCUGUGUGACCUGGAUGCCAUCUGGGGGAUCGUUCUGGAGGCCGUGGCGGGGGCGGGUGUGCUGACCACCUUACUGCUGAUGCUGAUUUUGCUGGUGAGGCUGCCCUUCAUCAAGGACAAAGAGAAGAAGAGCCCCCUGGGAAUGCACUUCCUCUUUCUCUUUGGGACUCUGGGACUGUUUGGGCUGACGUUUGCUUUCAUCAUCCAGGAAGAUGAAAUGGUGUGCUCCACCCGAAGGUUCCUGUGGGGAGUUAUCUUUGCUUUGUGCUUCUCCUGCUUGCUAGCCCAAGCCUGGAGGCUUCGCAGACUCGUUCGCCACGGGAAGAGCCCGUCUGGCUGGCACCUGGCCGGGGUGGCCACCUGCCUGAUGCUGGUGCAGGUCAUCAUUGCAACCGAGUGGCUGAUCCUGACCAUUGUCAGAGAUAACAAGCUGGCCUGCAGCUACGAGCCCAUGGAUUUUGUGAUGGCUUCCAUUUACGUUAUGUUCCUGAUGGUAUUUACCAUGGGAUUUUCGUUUUUCACUCUCUGUGGGAAGUUUAAGAAAUGGAAGAAGAACGGAGUAUGCCUCAUUAUAACCCUUUUCUUUUCCAUUCUGAUCUGGGUAGCCUGGAUGACUAUGUACCUCUUCGGUAAUGCCAAGCUCCAGAGAAGAGACAAAUGGAGUGAUCCCACUCUGGCUAUUGCACUGGUGUCCAGUGGCUGGGUGUUUGUUAUUUUUCAUGCCAUCCCAGAGGUCCACUGUACCAUCCUUCCAUCACAGCAGGAAAACACACCCAAUUAUUUUGACACUUCACAGCCAAGGAUGCGUGAAACCGCUUUUGAGGAAGAUAUACAGCUUCCUCGGAGCUACAUGGAAAAUAAAGCCUUUUCAAUGGAUGAACAUAAUGCAGCGCUAAGAACAGCAGGAUUUCGGAACGGCAGUUUGGGAAGCCGGCCUAGUGCUCCUUUUAGAAGCAAUGUUUAUCAGCCAACUGAGAUGGCAGUUGUGCUAAAUGGUGGGACUAUACCAACUGCUCCGCCAAGUUACACUGGACGACACCUCUGGUGAAAGGCUGUAGGCUGUAGAGAGUAAGAAUCCCUGUUGCAGAUGUUGUUCCCUGGCAGUGUGUCUUUGAGGGAAGGAAUCCAUAACAGUACCAGAACAAAGCAACAAAACAUCCAGGAUCUUUCUAAGUCCUACUGAGGAUUUUGCCUAAAUGUGAACACCGUUGACUGGAGAAUUGCAAAAGCAAAACUGUAAAACCGAAGCUGAAUCUAAUUUAAAACAGAAGUAGGCACACCUUAAAUUGGCAGAGGGGAUAUUGUAUUCUGAAGUGUGAGAUAUUCUCCUGUCUGUAACUUGUGUGCCAGGCAAGCCUGGUUUAGGUGGUUGCCAGUUGCUUGCAAAAUACCUUCCUCUCACCUAAAGUUAAUUCAUGUUGCCACAAGAGAUUGCCACUACAGUGUGAAAACACGCGGGGUUUCUCUCCGUUUCUCUCCUUUUCCCGUCGUGUUUCGCCAUGAGGAGCCCCGCGCAGUUGUGAGCAGCCCCACGCCGCUGCGGCAGGCGCGGUCCGCGCUGUGCGGGCGCUCUCCGCGCUCCCUGCGGAGCGCCCCGCGGCUCCCCGGCCCGGGGAUGGACCCGGCACGCAGCCCCGGGCCGGCUGCGAGCCCCAGGCCCGCCCGGGGGAUGUUCUGGCCAGGGCUGGCAGCAGCCGAGGAGGGGAGGAAGGCGCUGCGCCGGGCUGGGGUCAGGCAGGGCUGGCAGCGCAGGGGUGAGACCCCGAGCCCCGUUCGUACGAGCGGGCCGCUCCCCUCGACUGCAGUUGUUCGUGCAUUUACAUGUGGUUGUGCAUUUAGUGCCUAGAGAGUAGAAUCUCUGUGCUGGAGGUGGUUUGUUGUUGUUUUUGUUUAUUUAAGGUGGUUUCUUCCCUAGUCUUCCCCUCCCCAUCCAUUUUCUUGAGUUGAUACAAGGCAGACUUUUCAAAGCUUUUCAUCUUCGUUUUUUCCAGGUUAUUUAAACGGUUCCCAUUGCCCAUUUGUUGUGCCACGGUUUUUCAUUAUGUUCAAGCAAUCAUUCCUUUCUUUAACAUUUAAUACAUAUCGGACAUUGAAAACAUCACUGUAUCCUCACUGUUUGGCCAAUGUUAAUCUUAGCUUUCCUCAAUACUAAAAGCUAAUUGUUUUUACUUGAAGGCAUAGGAAACGUAUAACAAUUAAACUUUGCAUAUGCUGUAAUAAAAAUAUAUAUUUUCAAACUAAAAAAAAAAGUACAAAUAACUGAAUAGCUUAGUAGCUUCACAGAGAGAAGUUACUUGCUGUAUACUGCAGAAGAAAGACAAGCUUUUUAUUUUUCAAGAGUCUUCCUGAUCCCUCAUGUACCUCCAUUUCUACUGAAUUAGGAGCCUAGUCCUGCAGACCUGUACUCCCACGAUUAGUCCCAUCGACACCAGUAGGUCUUCAUAAGGUACAGAGGCUGCAAGACCAGUCCCUAAGUGUUGCACACAGAUAUAUGUAUAUAUAUAUAUAUGGAAAAAUAUCUAUUGCCAUUCUUGCCAUGAUCAUCUUAUGGGGUUUUAUUUCAAAGCCCUUCUCCUCCAGAAGCAAUGUUUUUCUGUCAUGCAUGAGUGAAGGAGUCAUGUCAGCUCCCCCCUGCCCUCCCCUCCUCGAGGCAAAGGAAGCAUGUGCUUGUUUUAGGGAUCCUUUAUUUCAUUUUGUAUGUAACUAGAUGGCCUUAGUAAGCAAGUAGGGUAGGGGUGGAUAUUGCAUGCUAUCCAGUGACUUAGAAAUACAUUUUGCUUGUUAUGAGCAGAGCUUUGAUCAAAUAAGGUAUUUAAGAUAAUGAUAGCCGCCCAGAAGACACGUAAUUUGGAACAAUAAAAAAACUAUUACCACCACUUGCCUGCAGAAUUUUGCUUUUUAAAAUCAGUUAGAAAAAAAACCCUCAUAAAACUCUUACCAUAAAAACAUAUAAGAUGACCAUGGCAUAAAUGGUAGGACAGGUUUCUUUUAAAAAGUUUAUCAUGCUACAACCAAGACUUAUGAAUUAUAAUACACAUUUUACAGACCUUUGACAAAAUCUAUACAGGACAUUGUUAUCGUAAGAAACUUUCUUUUUCUUUUUCUAGAUGUGACUGAAUUGAUAAAUAGAAUUCCCAAUCCUGCUUUUGAUGAAGUUCUUUGGAAUUUCAGGGCUUAUGCAAAGAUAUGGCCAGAUCUUACAAACUGCAAUUCACAUGACUAGUCUCGCUGGGUUAGUCAUGUGGACUAUUCACUGAAUUAAAAAUUAGUAGGAUUGGGUUCAAAGUGUGGUGGUGAAAGUGUGGCAAUAGAUUUAGGAGGGUCUUUAUUUUCCAACUUUAUACAAUUAGUAAUGAGCAACUUUUUUUUGUAAGUCACUAGUCUGUGAUGUAAAAUGCUCCAAAAUAAAACUGUAAUUGAAGAAAGGCACCUUUAUGUUAACUUAUAUUUUUGUUACAGUAUUUACUUUUGCCUUUUUUGAAAGUUUUCUAGAAUGUAGAGCAUCUGUGAACAACAUGAAUAAGUAACUAAGCACAAGCCUUUCACAGUUCUCCUGAUUAUAAUUAGCUUUUAUACUAUAAAAGCUACUAUGUUGUCCCUUGAUGGUUAUGUGCUCAUGGUGUUUCCAUGCAGAAAAAGGAAAUCAAAAAGCAUCUGACAAAAGCAUGUUAGCAAAACAAGAUUUAAAAUGACCAGCUUUUGAUCAGUGGCAGGAAAAGAGUUCCAAGUCCUACAGAUCGUGUCCUGCUUUCAGAUGGGUUGAGGGUGUUUGAUACUUGCCAGAAAAUAUGUAGCAUCUUCAGAAGAACACUCUCAACACAUCCAGCUGUUUCUAUAAACAAGGUACAUGAAAUACUAUAGAAUUAGCUGUUUCUGCUUUUAGUCUAAACACAGGCAUCUUGGUUGGCUUUGUUUGAGCUCGAUGCCUUGGGUCUAACCAAAGGCCAUACAAAAGGGAGCAUUGUAGCUUUUAUAAUAAAACAAUUGGAUUAUUCUACCAACUUACAGGAUUACAAAGCAGGUGCUUUUUAUUAAUUGAUGAGAGCUAAAGCUCAUUUUUGAUAGAUAAUAUAUAUUUAUUAAAUGUAUUAAUGUGUAUUUUAUAACGUACCCUUUUUUCCGCUGAUUGUUGCAUACUGGUAUCUUAUUAAGGACAUCUUUAAAGGAUUUUCAAGACAAUCAAUGUGUACCAUGAUGACUGUACAUAAGUAUACAAAACUACAAAGGUUGUAAAGCAUGGGCAAAUGUUUUAUUUUCAAAAUGCUGUUCUUAACGAGAAUAAAGGCUUUACUAUUUACUUACAA